UUUUUUCUUUUUUUAUUUUCUUUUCUUUCUAUAUAUGAUGACAAAAUAAGGCAAUUCAGAAAGAGUUCAAAGUUCAAACAUAGGGAAGAAGUAAAAGAGCAGAGAGGAAAUGUAUGUGACAAGGCAUCUGUCUUUGUACAGAAGGUCUCCUGAAUCUCUCUCAUUGCCAACUCCGGAGGGUCCAAAUUCUGGUUAUCUGGUACUCUUCGACGAAGAAUCUGAGACCUUCACUUGUUUGGGAUGCAAGGAUACUGAUAUCAGAGACCUGCCUUUCCCACAGAACAAGAAUCUAACUAUUGAUUAUGGAUCAGCAACUGGAACAGAAUCUCCAACAAAUGAUUAUGAAGAUGUUAUUUUCAUUCCAGUGCUUAACCAGCCGUUGUCAUCCAAUCGGUACUAUGUUAUCAUGAGAAAAGGGAACCAUAGAGGGGAAGCAAGUACAAGUUCAAAGGAAGAGGACGUAACCACUGGAUGUUGUUGUACUUAUAUUAGCGAUGUUAAACCAAGGCCAUUAAAUCCCCUGGAUGAAUGUCAGCAAUUUGAGAUAAUUUGCAAGAAGCAUAGAGGGUUCAAAGCUAAGUCUGUUGCUUCAGAUGGGAUACCUUCUCAAUUAUUGAGGCCAAAAUAUUGGCAAGUUUCUAUGAGAACACCCCGGAAUUAUCAAUUACAGGAUGCUUCAGGUCUUGAUCCUUCUCUACGAAAGCGUCUACCAGAGUUCAACAACUUUUCAUUGUCAAAUGGAAGUUCUGAAAAUGUUGUUGUUGGGAAAUGGUAUUGUCCUUUCAUGUUUGUGCAUGAAGAUUUGAAGUUAAAAGACCAGAUAAAAAUAUCUACCUUUUAUGAAGUGACACUUGAGCAGAGAUGGCAUAAGAUUUUCUCAUGUGACAAUGCUGGGAGUGAUCAAAGAAAAGUGGUUCUUGUAGAUGUUUCUGUUCAAAAAGAAGAGGUGUCCAUUAAUGGUGGAAGAGCAGCAAACGUUGGGGAAGCUAAGAAUGGUGUGAAAAAUGGCGUUAUGUGGUUUAAAAGUUGUGAUGGUGGAGAAGAAACAAAAGUAGGGUUUAGUAUGUUAGUUGUAGAGAGAAUGAAUUGGGAAGAAGAAAGAGUUGGAUGGGAUGGUGUGGAUGAAAAGGAAGUGAAGGUAAAGAGAGCAGAGGAAUAUGGAGGGGAAGAUACUGGGUGGCGAAGAUUUGGUUGCUUUGUGUUGGUGGAGAGGUUUGUGUUUAAGAGAAUGGACAGAAGCAUUGUUUUGGCCUAUGAUUUCAAGCACACACACCAGAUUAGGUGCAAAUGGGAAUGAGAAUUUGGUAUCAGUUAGUUCCAUUUGGAAAACUAUAUGUUGCUAGAUGCUACAAUAUGUAUUUUAAGAUAGUCAAUGAAGUUUACAAUUUCUAUGGUGUCUUUUUCAACCUGUUAAUAAGUCGAUCAGGUGUGUUAUUUUAUUGAUGAGAUAUGCAGGAAAAGGAUGCUUUUCAUUUCAA